GCCGCGCGUACUGGGGCGGAUGGAGCCGGGUGGGAGGCUCCGGGCGCGCCGCGAGGGGCUGAGUCGUCCCCUUCCAGGGGGGGACCAUGGAGGCCGCCUUGGAGACGCUCACUUUCUGAAAAGAUCAUUUGCAUGUGCACAACGCCUGCCGUCCCUUACCCCAGCGAUCUUUACAAGCUCUGAGUAGCAGUGGCUACGCUCUCUCUGCACCUGGGAGCCCAGAUGCCACUCCAGCCUUCAAGCAAAGACACAGAAGAGAUGGAAGCAGAGGGUGAUUCAGCUGCCGAGAUGAACGGAGAGGAGGAAGAGAGUGAGGAGGAACGAAGUGGCAGCCAGACCGAGUCCGAGGAGGAGAGCUCAGAGAUGGACGACGAGGACUACGAGCGGCGCCGCAGCGAGUGCGUCAGUGAGAUGCUGGACCUGGAGAAGCAGUUCUCGGAGCUAAAGGAGAAGUUGUUCAGGGAACGACUGAGUCAGCUGCAGGUGCGGCUGGAGGAAGUGGGAGCUGAGAGAGCGCCCGAAUACACAGAGCCCCUGGGGGGGCUGCAGCGGAGCCUCAAGAUUCGCAUUCAGGUGGCAGGGAUCUACAAGGGCUUCUGUCUGGACGUGAUCAGGAAUAAGUAUGAGUGUGAGCUGCAGGGAGCUAAGCAGCACCUGGAGAGCGAGAAGCUGCUGCUCUAUGACACGCUGCAGGGGGAGCUGCAGGAGCGGAUCCAGAGGCUGGAGGAGGACCGUCAGAGCCUGGACAUCAGCUCGGAGUGGUGGGAUGACAAACUGCACACCAGAGGCAGCUCAAGGACCUGGGACUCCCUGCCACCCAGCAAGAGGAAGAAGGCACCCCUCGUUUCUGGCCCUUACAUCGUGUACAUGCUGCAGGAGAUCGACAUCCUGGAGGACUGGACGGCUAUCAAAAAGGCUAGGGCGGCUGUGUCCCCUCAGAAGAGAAAAUCAGACGUGAUGUUUCCCUUCCCACCCCCCAGGACCCUGACCCUGCGAUUCACAGCCAGCGGGCCCCUCUGGAGCAACAGGCACCAAAACCCGGAUUGACAUUUUCCUGCUGCAGCCAGGCAGACGGACAAGCCCUCGGGGUCUUUCCAGCCGGCUCUCCAGUGCUGCUCUGCGCACUCCCCUCCAGCCCUCACUGGUCUGGACUCCUGCUCCUGCUCGGGCUUGUACAGCUGUGGCCCAAGCU